UAUAUAGUAUUAUUUAGUAUACCGUAGUGACGGCGUAGUGUAGUAUACCAGUACCUGAGUACCACUACCAGUGUUAGUGUACCAGCAUUAAAUUAAACAUUUAUAUUUAUAUUGAUACUAUUGACUACAACAGUACAUAAACAUACUUAGACGUCUUAGAUUAGAUACUAUCUAGAUCUACAUCAUGCCAUUCAUUGUGAUUGUCAUUGUGACUGUCACUCAUUGUGAUUGUUAAAUUAUGAUUGUUGUAGUUGUACAGACUACUAGAUCUACUCACUGAGUAGUACAGUUGUAACGUAAUAUUGAAUCUCAGUGGAAUCAUGGCUGAGGAUACUCAAGAUUUUUGCAUUAUGCUUUGAAUAAACGAAAGCUUUGAAAAUGAUGAUUUUGGCUUACAUUACAUUCGGAGCACUCUCCUUCUUGUGUUUGAUAUUUCAGUUCUGGGCACAUCGGACCAGGAGAAAUGUCACAGUUGGCAACAACCCACAGUUCAUCAAGUUUCAGCGCGGCUACUUUGUGGUGUACCUUACGGCUAUGUUUGCAGAUUGGCUUCAGGGGCCCUAUCUUUACAAGCUUUACAGCUACUAUGGAUUUGAUGAACAGCAAAUUGCAGUCCUCUACGUGUUUGGUUUCGCGUCUUCUGUUAUUUUUGGUGCAUGGACACCGAUUGCCGCAGAUCAGUUUGGAAGGAAGAAGCUGUGUGUUUUUUUCACUAUCACUUAUUCUGUGUCCUGCCUUUUGAAACUGUCGACAAGCUAUGGGAUUUUGUUGAUCGGCCGUCUUGUUGGCGGCCUUGCAACGUCUGUCCUCUUCACAGCAUUCGAAGCUUGGUACAUCCAUGAACAUUUAGAGACCCAUGAUUUCCCAAAGGAAUGGAUCCCAAUAACCUUUCAAAGGGCAUCCAUGUGGAAUGGAGUCCUUGCUGUCAUGGCAGGAGUGACCACAAACAUCUUCUCAGAAUGGAUUGGCCUUGGUCCUGUAGCUCCUUACCUGAUGGCAGUGCCAUUUUUAAUCUUUGUUGGGGUCAUUAUAUCAACCCACUGGAAUGAGAACUAUUCCAUGCAUAGGGUCAAGUUCAGAAAGCUGUGCUACGAUGGUUUCAGAGAUAUCAUCACAAGUAAACGUAUAUUUUUGGUGGGGGCCAUUGAAGCCUUGUUUGAGAGUGUUGUUUACAUUGUCAUAUUUUUGUGGACGCCUAUAUUGGAGCAAGGGAAACCAUCCCUUGGCAUUGUCUUCUCCUGCUUCAUGGUUUGCAUCUUGAUAGGUCAAGCAAUCUUCCAGAUUCUUACCUCUAAAGGCAUCCCUGCCAUAAAAAUUCUUUUCUUCGUCAACCUUUUAGCCCUGGCAUCCAUUUUGACCUGCGUCUAUUCCACUCACCCAAGAACACGCCAUCUCAAUGCAUCGCUGGUUGCAUUUUUGAUUUUCCAGUUCUGUGUCGGCAUGUAUUUUCCUGCCAUGAGUGGGCUGAGGAUGAGGGUCAUACCCGACACCCAUCGCUACUCCAUCAUGAACUGGUUUCGUGUGCCGCUGAACUUAAUUUCCUGUGCCGUGCUGAUGUUGCUGCACGAAGACGUUUUCUUACAUGGUAAUCACUUGAUCUUCGUAGUCUGUGUUGGUCUUCUGGUGCUGCAGCUGCUGGCAACACUCAAAUUUUUAAAGACUCCGCUAACACAGGAAGAAACAGAUGAGGAGCUGGAAGGAGCGGCCAGGCUUUUGAUGGAGGCAGAUCACAUUCACAACAUCUUCUAAGACAUAACUUCUUAUGGGACUCUUAAAACAUAGGCCUAAUUUUUUAAAUAUUCACUUCUCACAGUGUCAACUUGAGUUUUUUGUCUCUAAAAAGACACUUGAAAUUUUGUUUCUGACUAGCUUCCACCAAUAUAUAGUUUUUUUUGUUGUAGCAUAUAUAUAUAAAAUCCCCAGGAAUAUAUAUAUUUAUUUUUUUUUUGUCACAAAUCUGAUAAGUCAAAUUUUAUUUAAAAACUAGGGCAAUGCUAAUUGAUUGCAACAAAAAUAAUAAUUUUAACAUUCCUGAAAUAAAAAAUGUUUGUGAUUGAAUGUAGUGUAACAUUUCGAUUAUCUGAAAUGCUCUUGAUUUAAUAGGUUAUAGUUUAAAACCCUUGCAAUUAACCUUCACCUUAAAAAAUUUUUUUUCGGAAAAGUUACUUGUGUGGCUGAUGACUGACCAAAUAGUCUAAAAGAAGACAAAAUAAAUGUUACAUUUUUUAGCUAGUCAAAUGUAUAGUGGGCCUGUAACUUUUAACUGCUUCAAACCCGGCUCUUAGUAGCCACAUUUAAAAAUUUACAAGAAAUUUAAGACCUAUUGACUUACUUUUAAUUUUCAAAAUCCUAAAAUGACUUUUUCUGUGAUCUUAUUUAGUAAUUUUUUUUUUUUUUUUUUUUUUUGAAAGUAAAUCAUAUUAUUGUAGAAUUAAAUUUUAUAUAUCAAUGCAAAUGUUCUGUGCAAUUGUACUUUUUUAUUGUCAUUAGUGUAGGUAAGAUGAAAUUCACUCUGUUGAUUAAAAAAAAUCCCCAGGAAUCUAUUCUCAAUAGUGAAUAACUGUUUGGGUGUGAAUGCAAGAGUUCACAUGGAUGUGUGUGGCUGAGUGAUAAAGUGCUUGGCUUCUGAACCUGAGGUCCUGGGUUCGAAUCUCAGUGAAGACUGGGAUUUUGAAUUUCAGGAUCAUUAGGGCGCCUAUUAGUACACUCAGCUCUAAUGGGUACCUGACAUUAGUUACACAAAAGUAAUGGCAGUUGGACAUUGUGCUGGCCACAAGACACCCUUGUUAAGCCAUAAGCCAUAGAAACAGAUGACCUUUACAUCUUCUGCCCUAUAGAUUACAAGGAACAUUUAAGAGCUCACACAGUAGUAAAACUUUGGUUUUUUCUGUAUUAUCUUGGGAUUUGGUUUUGUGAAUGGGUAAACUUUUUGUUCGAUUUUGUUUUCUGCAGAAACUUUGGCCAUAGAUCAAAAUGAUGCCAUAAUAUAUGUUAAUUUAUUGGUUUCCGAUUCCAUGAUUUGUUACAUAAUUAGGAAAUCGAUGCUUAGUGCUGCAAUUAAAAUUGAUGAAAUAAAUAUUGAUGGUUGCACUAGAAGACCAUAUGAUGCACUACUGGUGGUUGCACCAGAGGACCAUAUGGUGAAAUAUCGUUAACUACACUAGAAGGCCAUAUGAUGCACUACUGGUGGUUGCACCAGAGGACCCUAAUUAGCAAGUGAAGUAAAUAGAAAUAACAGAAUUCUCACUGGGGUUUCACCUGGCAAUGGAGCAUAGGAUAACUAGUGGCUUGGUAAUGACCUGGCCUCACAUUAACUACCCGAGAGUCCAGCACUGUAUGACUUUCCCAAACCCAAUUCAUAUACUGUCUUCUAUUUGUUGACUAGCAUCUGUUUCAUCCUUUAUGUUCGCAUGAAUUUGGUUGAACUACAUUUACAUUUCUAGUUAUCUGUUAAUGCUUUUUUAAAAUUAAUUAAUCUAUGUAUAUUUUGUGACACUUGUAUAUAUCUGUGGUAAUUGAAUUCUAACUGGUGUUGCCAUAUUUAAUCUUUAAAUUUAUUCCUAUUUAUCUCCCUUUUUUACUUACAUUAUCUGUAUAUGCUGGAAUAACUUAAAAUCUUUUUUUUCUUUUUUUUAAUUUUCUAUUUGCUAUUAAUUUCAUAGAUUUGAUUUCUUGCUGUAAAGAAAACUAAUUAGUAAAAACAAAGAUGUUCUGUGAUGCAUUAUACACUUUGUACACAAGUGUCAGGUUCUUUGUUCCCAGCAGACACUUGUUUGUUUUGGAAGGGAAGUAUAUGAGUUACAGCUGGGUCUGAAUAGCCAGGUCAAAUACUGCACUGAAUCAUAAUACCAGGGACACUGUUUUAUAGGAAAUAUUAAUAGAUGUUAAGUUAAUGUUUUAUCUUUAACAAUUGAAACUUUAAUAAAUAGUGUAAAGUUUGAAUGACAUGCCAGCACUAAUACAAAGGUAGAACGAUGUUGCAAUAGGCCCAAUCUACCGAAACUCUUUAAUGUAAGCCGCUUUACAAAGUAAGCCUCGGUCCCAACAGCCAUUUUCCAUUUCAUAGGAAAUGAGAUUUACCUUGACCUUGAAGGAGGAGCUACUUCUGCUGUAUAAUGCUGCAGCAGAGAUGGGGAGGGGGGGAAGAAUUUAAAUGAAUUUUUUCCUUUGUAGAUGUAUGAUAGACCAACAUGUUAGUGUACAUUUCAUUUGAUGUUUCCACUUGCUUAACAAGUGACCAUUUGUUGUUAGAAGGAAAUUUACAAAGAUUUGUUUUCCCCCCCAUACUACUGGAGUCUAACUUAUGUCAGUCAAUCCUGUGUUGGUUGCUGUCAGACUUAAUGCUAUAGAAAUGCUAUUUAGGGGGAAUACAAGAAGUAACUUAAUGCCACAGUGUUAUACAAUCAAGGUUAGUGUAAGGUAGACUUUUGGUAUUUAUUUGUUUAUCACACUGCCAAGAAAUGUUUUGUGUUAGGUCUGAUAUGUAAAGAAAGUUGAUUGAAUUCAUUUCAGUACAGUUUAGUCCUUACACAAUGACAGGUCUGUUCUAAUGUCAAUAUGUGUCCAGACAUUUCUACUAUUGCUUGAUUUUACUGCACUGUCAGUAGCCUCAGAGGCUGUGGUUAAAUGUGUCAAACUACUUGAGGGCUUUGUUUUCAUAAUAAAAGGUUGAUGUUUCUAUUGUAUCCAAUAUUUGGACUUUUGUUUGUUCAAUAAAACAUUAUAACUUAAACUUAA